UUCUUUUUCUCUCUUUUCUUUGUCUUGUCUCAUCAACGUCUUUACUCUUUCUCAUUGCACUGGGAAAAAAAAAACUUUUCUUUUUAUACAGCAUCUCAAAGGCCAUUUACACUCCCAUACUUUCACUCAGCUCAGUGGCGAGUGGCUUUCAUAGUUGAGUAGUGGUUAGUCUCAUUUUGAUAUUAUAAAAAUUCUACCUUUUUGAACAAAACCCAGAUAUGAACUAGGGUUCUUUUUUUUUUUUUUUUGGUUUGUGUAGCGCUUUAAAGUUUCAAAGCUCGAAUCUUUUGUAUCUAAGCUUUAGUUUGAGUUUCUGUUGGGAAUAGAAGUAAUGGGUAACAAUGUGUGGGUUCUGGGUCUUGCUCUUUUGCUUCUCUUUGGCGGGGUGUCUUCAGCUCCUUCCACUACUUCACCUGCAAAGAUUGUAAGUGGGUUUGUCUCAAGGGCUAUGUCUUAUUUCAUGAAAUGGUUGUGGUCACUCAAAACCACCACUAAGACAGCUAUUUCUGGACGUCCGAUGAUGAAGUUUGAGAGUGGGUAUACUGUGGAGACUGUAUUUGAUGGAAGCAAGCUGGGGAUUGAACCUUUCUCAGUUGAGGUCUUGCCUAGCGGGGAGCUUCUAAUCUUGGACUCUGCCAAUAGUAACAUUUAUAGGAUCUCUUCUUCUUUGUCUCUAUAUAGCAGGCCAAAGCUUGUUGCUGGAUCCGCCGAAGGUUACCCUGGACAUGUUGAUGGGAAGCUCAGAGAGGCAAGGAUGAACCACCCUAAGGGGCUUACUGUGGAUGACAAAGGAAACAUUUACAUUGCAGACGCUAUGAAUAUGGCUAUCAGGAAGAUAAGUGAUGGAGGGGUUACGACGAUUGCUGGAGGGAAAUCAGGCCGUGGAGGUAGUCAUUUAGACGGACCAAGUGUAGAAGCCAAAUUCUCUAAUGAUUUUGAUGUGGUUUACAUUGGAAGCAGUUGUUCUCUACUUGUCAUAGACAGAGGGAACCAAGCUAUUAGGGAAAUCCAACUCAAUUUUGAUGACUGUGCUUAUCAAUAUGGAAGUGGUUUUCCCCUUGGGAUUGCUGUACUUAUUGCUGCUGGCUUCUUUGGUUACAUGUUGGCUUUGCUGCAACGUAGAGUGGGUACAAUUGUGUCUUCGCAGAAUGAUCAUGAGACAAUAAGAUCAAGCACCACAGCAAAUCCAUAUCAGAAACCUAUGAAAUCAGUCAGGCCGCCUUUAAUUCCAACUGAGGAUGAACAGAAAACGCAAGAAGAAGGCUUCUUUGGAUCCCUUGCACAGCUUUUUGUUAACACUGAAUCAUCUGCUAUGGAAAUUUUGAGAGGAAUAAUUCCUGGUCUUAGGAAGAAGCCACCAAGUCAUCAAUAUCAAAGCUUAUACCAGCACCCUCAACAGCAGAAGCACUCAACGGCUUGGCCUGUACAAGACAGCUUUGUGAUCCCGGAUGAGGAUGAGCCACCUUCCAUUGACACAAGAACUCCCACUCCGCGUAAAACUUAUGCUUUCAUGUCCAAGGAUGCAGAAAAGAUCCAGCAACUGCGGCAAAGUCGAGCUAUCUAUAAUGGAUGGGAUAGUGAUUUCCAGCAGCAGCAGCAGCAGCAGCAGAGACAGCAACACUAUCAUAAUCGCUAUCAAUCUUCAGCCCCACAUACUUACUAUGAGCAGAGCAAUGAGAAGACCAGUGAGAUUGUAUUUGGGGCUGUUCAGGAGCAGGAUGGGAAGCGCGAAUCUGUGGUCAUAAAGCCAGUUAAUUAUGGAGAUCCUGUUUAUGAUCAUCACAACCUCCGCUCCCGAGCCAAUUUUAUGGGUUACAACCAUGGCUAUUGAUUAUAUACAGGAGACAUUUUUUGAAGUUAUGACUUCUUUGGUCUUGAUAUUAGUCUUUUAUCAGUUAGGAUAUAGUUUGCUUAGAGAUUUCUUAUUGAGAAGGGAGAAAAUGUUGGAUAGCUUUAUGUAAUGUAAGCUCUACCUAAAGCUGGCCAAAAUAUUGAAGGCCUCUAUGUAAUGCCAUGCAGCAACUAAGAGUGAUCAAAUGAUCUUUUUUCUGAAAUAUUAGUUUGUUUCCAAA